GACGCGGUCGGUGUGUUUGCUGUGCGUGUUUCGCGGCUCCGGUGGGAAACUUGGAUAGAGCGGCUAUAAAGAAUGAAGCGGCUCUGCGUUUGUGAAAUCUGCAGCUGCGGUCGCCACCGCUGCGCUCACCAGCCCACCGCGCUGUACAGGAAGGGCAGUGAGACGUGUGUGGUCAGCGAAUAUGUGGAGAGGUUUCCGGCCUACGAGAGCUGCCAGCCGCCCAAGAGCCUCAAACCCAAAUACGAGUACAAGAGCGAGAGGAGCAGGAUGGAGGGAACAACCACCUUCAAGUCUGAUUUCAUUCCAUAUGAGGUCAGCCGGCGUCCCGGCAGACAGCAGGCUGACUACCAGCCGAAUCCAGGCGAGAUCGACCUGGGAACGACGUACAAACAGGACUUCAACCCUUACCAGCUUCAGCCUGUGGCUCCGCUGAGGCCAAAGGAGAGGGUACGGGUCACCAAUGGUAAACUGAACACAGUGCCCACCUACAAAGAGGAUUUUCGUCCAUGGGAAAUUAGCAAGCGGGAGUUAGCCAAACCAGACGUGGCAUACCAUCCACCUUCUGGGAAGUUUGGGAACACCACAACAUUCCAGGAUGAUUUUGUCCCAAGAGGCAUGGUUCCUCGAGAGACCUUCAAGCCCCCAAACAUAGCCAAAGUGUCUGGUGCUCCAUUUGAAGGAGUGACCAGUAACCAGCUCUCCUAUGUUCCUCACCCUGUGGAGCCUCGCUUUGUCAAAGCACCAGAGGAGUAUAAGCCCAGCGACCAGCCUUUCCUGGACCUCACCACUCAUCGGAGGGACUUCCAGGGCCUUCCAGGACAGAUGCCCAAAAGCUGCAAGCCUGAGCGAGUAAAGAUGUCCUCUGAAGCACCCUUCCAAAGAAGCACCGAGUUCCGUGAGAGCUUCCAGCAAUGGCCAGUCUCUUUACCACAACUCCACAAGUCUGUGGAAUACGUGAGUCCCACCGCAGACAUGGAUUUGAGCACCACCACCAGAACCACCUAUGUCAAGCAUGAAGUCCAGCCCUUCGUUUCCUCUAAGCCUUUCUCCAGGCCGACCCAUUCCUCAGCACCAUUUCAAGGCAACACCACCAUGAAGGAAGACUUCAAGCCCUGGGUUUCAGCCCGGCGCCUGGACGUCAUCCGCAUGCCGGAAGAGAUCAGGAGAGCCAGUGGGAAGAUGGAGGACUUGACUACUUUCAAGGCCCACUUCAUCCAGCACCCGCUGCAGCCUAACGUCAGUUACAAGCCCCUGGCCGCCCCUAUGAGAGCUGAUGCCCCACUGGAAGAAAGCACCAUGUACCGCACUGAAUUUACCCCAAAGAAGAUCAGUGUGUGUCCAGCCAGCUUUGAGUCCCCACCUGGUUUCCUCUUUCAGGAUAUCGAUGAAAGAGGUCACAAGUUCUUCCGCAGGGUGUCAGAACAAGACAAAAUCCAGGUCCAGGCUCCUAAUGCAGUGGCUGUGAUGUCUUAAGGACGCCUUCAGUAAACACUCACAAUCGAUCUCUCUGAAUCUUUAUUGUAUGCGUCUAGAAAAGUGUUUUAAAAUGCUGAACUUUUAGAAAGUUUGGCCUUAAGGAAUGUGGUCAACCAGCUAAGACCUUUGGUGUCACUUCUUUAGCUUUGUGCUGGAGCUACAAGGCAAGUGUAAUAAACUGGCCUAACAGGUAAUGAAGCUUAUAGCUUCAUAACUUUACACUAAUCUUGGAAGCCUGAUUUCUGAUUUUUGUUAGAAAGCCUGAUAGAUUUUGUUUUCUUUGACAGGAAUGGGCCAAAAGUUGUUUUAGCUUUUGUUAGGAUGGUGCUGCACCUAAAACAGACCCAAUUGUUUUACAAAGUCUCAGCAUCCACAGGAGCUCCUAUGUCAGUAACACCAAAGAAAGUCUUGGAAUAUGUUUGUGGAUAACUGUAGAAGGAUCAGUAGCCUUUGCUACUUUCCAAGUUCCAAAGCCUAAGCUGCAGCCGAGGUAGUCAGCAUUUCUUGGCAGGCUGUUCCAAAGUAAAGGACCCUUUGUAUGGAGCCUAGAAAUGCAGCCUAUAUUGUGUGUGAGUGAUUUCAAGGAUGUCAGAGGCAUCCUUCCAGGCCUUUCCUUCCGUUACCGACAGUUAUGUGUGCAGGAAUGAUGCAAAGGAAAAAAAAAACGAGCACCACGAAAAUGAUGUAGGCGAGACGUUGAUAGCACUGAUUAUACGAAGGCUCCUCUUCAGUGUUGACUUACACACGCUCUGAGCAGGCUAGGCUGGCAUCACUUCUUACUUACAACUCAAUACAUUUAAAAACAUCAAAUUUAAUUUAACAUUUAAUUUCUGCCGUUUUUCGAAUGGUUUUGUGCUACAUGAGGGAUUGCGAGAAUCUCAAAGGAUACACUUGAGAUAGUCAGGUGACUAACUAGCAUUUAACCUUAUAAACAAGUUUGUUUCAUGUCAAACUGAUAAAAAACGGUGAACAGAGGUGUUGACACAUGUGGCAGUGCUGAUAAAUUUCCAAAAGUGUUGUCCACCUCAGAUUUGUGUUAGUCUUUGGGUGGAGUGUGUGAGGUUAGCAUCAUUCUAACUGCAUGUCAAAAUCAUCACACGCUUCAAACUGUGUGGAAUUAUUAUCUCUGAUACAGUGUUAUCUAUAAACAUGGGAUAAAGUAUGUUGCGUAGCUAACAGUAACAGCAGCACUUACUGGCUACAUUAGCUUUGUAGCUCUAGUGCAAAACCGAAGAAGUACAUUUCGGACACCAAACAGGUCUCAUCUGAUUGACUACAUUUGGGGGAAGAGGGUCAAUUAUGUAUAUUUAAUUUUUGACCUAACCAUUAUGUUAACCCAUAAUUAGUAUUUAUGAUAUUUUACAAGCUAGAUCUAAAUCAAAUUACGACACGUGAUUGGGGGAAAGUAUUUGACAAGUUACCAAAUAAGACAUGAGCUUUUUAAACCUUCACACAUCAUGUUGGCACUUACGAUAUCAAUAAAUGAAGGGAGGGGUUUCUACUGCACUAAUUCUCCAUACAGGCCUUUCAGAACACAUGGCGUAUAACUUAUGCCCUUUCCAGAUGGGAUUAAAUUUGCAUGGCGUUCUGCGAUAAUUUCCUUUUUUACAGGCGCUCCUCUGUGAUUUUAUUGCGAGUCAGAGAUUUACUGCCUCAGUAAAAAUUCUCAGGCUGAAUUACCUCCUGUCUUCAGUCAACUCAGCACUGCUCUGAUCAUUUUAGUCCCGUGCUUUUCCAGACAGAUGUCAUCUCAUGUUGGAAAAAUGAUUGACUGUUCCUAGUUACUGUAUGUGCAGUGGGUGGUACUGUUGCCUUACUGCAAGAAGGGCUUGGGUUCGAUUCCCCGGGUGGGAGACCAGUGUCCUUUCUCUGUGGAGUGUCUGCAUAGGUUUCCUCCAGGUGCUCCAGAUUACUAGCAUCACAGGCCAAAGACAUGCAGUCGAAUCUUGGACUGAUGGACUGGUGGCCUGUCCCAGGUGUGUUCUGUCUUGCAUCCAGUGACUGCUGGGAUAGGUUCCAGCACCCUCCCCUCCGCUAUGACCCAGGAGGAUAAGCAGCUUAGAUAGCAUGUGUGUAGUUACCCUAUUUGGUCUCCUAGCAUGCAUAUCCGAGACCCUCGCCCUGAUAUUAAACACAAACCAAACAAAGUGUUUUUGCCUCUUGGAUCCCUUAAACACAAUGUUGGGAACGGAGUGUGAUCAGUGUGAUGUCAACAUCUUUGUUUGUAGAAAAUACAACCCACUAGGAGCUCACUCGCCCUGCAGCACUUUCUUGCUGUCUGGAUAUGAGUUGUAUCACAGAGGAGACGUGUAAAAAACAUUUUACAGACGUCUCACUAAUAAACAAAUCCACUCCAAAUACAGGGAUUUAGACGCCUGCGAUUUGAACCAAGUUUGAAAAAGGAAGCAAGUCUCACUCAUAAAGCUUUUCACACAUUAUAUAUUAUAAAGAAUAACGUGCUGUCUUCUCUUUUGAUCUGAAUUACAAACCAACAACAAAAAUGUAUUAGUUUGUAUUUGUGCACCCAAAGGUGCAGCUGGGUGCAGUAAUUUUAGUACUGUAUUUCAUUAACAUUGACACGUAAUUCAACUUGGAUAUGUUUAUGAAUGAAUCAUAACGAAGAUUUAAAAGGUGCUGGUUUUAAAAUCUGUUGGUGUGAAUUGUGAAAAUAUCAAUACAAAAUACUUAGAAAACAACAUGAAAACAUCACAAAAUACAUUCUCUAAAAGAUUUACUGCACUGUAAAAAUGAUUGCAUUAACUUUUGAGUUAACAGAACAAUUUAAGGUGAUUUACAUUUACGGCAUUUGGCUGACGCUCUUAUCCAGAGCGACUUACAAUUUGAUCAUUUUCCACAAGUGUUAGUGUUAGGAGUCUUGCCCAAGGACUCUUAUUGGUAUAGUGUAGGUAGCUUGUCCAAACAGGGGAUUGCACCCCAGUCUACAGCGUAGAAGGCAGAGGUGUUACCCACUACACUAACCAACCACUGAUUGAUUUCUGUAUAAUUGAGUGUUAGAGAUGUAAACAGAGCAUUUUGGUGUGAAAUGGUUCAGAUUUCUAUACAGUGGUAGUGAUAGGAACCAGGGGUCGCCAUGACUGCAACACAAAUAUAGACAUUUUAUUUACUAUCCAGAACCACCACUUAACCUAGACGAGUCUUUAGAGUUUUAUAUUGAAUGUUGAAGAUGCUAAAAUUAGUUUUCUUUCAGACUAUUUUGCCCCACAGUGCCCUGCAUGUACCCCUCCACCCUGAACAUGUUUUCAAAGAACGAUUUUAGGCUAAAACUUUCUCAAAACUAUUGAAAAAACUCGUACAUCAGGCACAUUUCACGUUCUAGCUUUUAGAGGUGGACGUCUGGUUCCUAUCACCACCACUGUACGCUGUAAUGCCGGGGAGCGUGGAGGCGGACGCAAGUGCGGAGAUAAGCAACUUUUAUUGUGGGCAAAUCCAAAAUCAGGGUCAUACCGGUCUAAAGAUGGCCAACACGGAUAGAUUUAAAGUCAGACACGAUAAACACGACCAAACAGUACAUCAAACAGUUCAGACAAUUCAGACAAUAACCAGACAGGGGAAAACAAGGGGCUUAAAUACAUGUAAACGAGGGACAGGUGGAAACACAGGUGGAGACAAUCAGGGGCAGAGUCACUAAACAAGGGGGCUGGACUACAAAACCAAA